AUGGACACGCAGCUAGGAAGGCCACACCGGCUGCAGACACAAUCUGAAGGGAUCCCCUGUCAACCCCGAACAGCGGACAGGGUGUUUGACAUCACCAGGACGUUUCCUCUUGCUUUGGAUGUUGGCUCAGGAAGAGGUUACAUAGCUCAACAUUUAACCAAGGAUACCGUUGAAAAACUUAUUCAGGUUGAUAUUGCAGAGAAUGCUUUAAAAAAUGCUGUAGAAUCUGAAAUCCCUGUGGUCAGUGUUGUAGCUGAUGAGGAAUUCCUUCCUUUCAAAGAAGAUGCAUUUGAUCUUGUUGUUAGCAGCUUAAGUUUACAUUGGGUGAAUGACCUUCCGAGAGCUUUUAGAGAGAUUCACCAAGUUCUUAAGCCAGAUGGAGUAUUUAUUGGUGCAAUGUUCGGGGGAGACACUCUGUAUGAGCUUCGCUGCUCUUUGCAGCUAGCAGAAUUGGAGAGAGAAGGGGGAUUUUCUCCUCAUGUAUCACCAUUCACUGCUGUCUCUGAUUUGGGACAUCUGCUGUCGAGAGCUGGCUUUAACACCCUGACUGUGGAUACUGACGAAAUUCAGGUCAACUACCCAGGGUUGUUUGAGGUUAUGGAGGACUUGCAAGGUAUGGGGGAGAGUAAUUGCGCUUGGAAUAGAAAACCUCUGCUACACAGGGAGACAAUGUUGGCAGCUGCUGCAAUAUACCAAGAAAUGUAUGGAAAUAGCGAUGGCUCAGUACCUGCCACAUUUCAGAUCUACUACAUGAUUGGCUGGAAGUUCCAUGAAACACAGGCAAGACCAGCCCAGAGAGGUUCUGCAACAGUUUCAUUUAGAGAUCUGGCAAAAAUAGAUGGACUUCUUUCAAGAGGAAAAAAAUAG